AAGUUGUUGCUUAUACAGUAAGCUACAGUGGCUGCUUAGUCAAAGUUGCUCUUCAAAUGUUUAUGUUUUCUGUAGUCAUCAAAUGUGGUGGUGUCCUCUCAGCGCCACAUGGCAACAUCUCAAGCCCGAAUUUCCCUGGACUCUACCCGUACGAUACAGAUUGCAUGUGGCUCAUAGUGGUAACAGAAGGGUCCUCUGUUCUGCUCACCUUUCAUCACUUUGACCUGGAAUACCAUGACAACUGUGAAUUUGACUACCUCAUGAUUUACAAUGGGAUCUCAGAAGACCAAGGCAAUCUCCUAGGAAAAUUCUGUGGCACAAGUUUUCCUCCACCAUUUACAUCAUCUUGGAACAUCAUGACUGUAAUAUUCCACUCGGACAACCAUGUGGCCAGCCAAGGAUUCUCUGCAGUUUACCAAAAAGAUGUUUGUGGGGGUGUGCUCACCGGCCUCUCGGGAUCAAUAACAAGCCCUGAUUACCCAGAGAAUUACCCCAACAAUGCCGAAUGCCAUUGGGUCAUCCAGGCAACUUCAAAUUCUGUCAUCAAACUGAUUUUUGUGGACUUCCAGAUGGAAAACAGUGAGCAGUGCAAUUUUGAUUAUGUGGCCAUCUUUGAUGGGCCAACUAUGGGGGAUACACUCCUUGGUCACUUUUGUGGGCAUAUGAAGCCUCCGGACAUCUCUUCUGCACAGAAACUGCUGGUUGUGUUCAAAUCAGACUUUAACAUUGCAGGCAGAGGCUUCAAAGCAUAUUUCUUUUCAGGUGCAUGUCAGGAGGUGUACACAGCCGUCAAAGGAAAUUUCUCCAGUCCUCAGUAUCCCAACUAUUACCCCAAUAAUAUCAAGUGUCACUGGGCCAUCCAGCUGCCCCCAGGAUAUCGAAUCAAAGUCUUCUUCCUGGACUUGGAUCUGGAGGGGCGGAACAGCCUGACAGAUGGCUGUGAUUAUGACCAUCUGGCUGCGUUUGAUGGAGGCACCGAGAAGGCGUCUCUGCUGGGGAAGUGGUGUGGGAGAGAAAUGCUGUCUCCUAUUAUAUCCAGUAGAAACAAGCUGCUAUUGGUCCUUCACACAGACAGGAACACAGCCAACCGAGGUUUCUCUGUUGCAUACAUCGGAGUUGUCCUCAUGAAUGUCAGCUGCACACGGACAGAGUUUCAGAUCCAGAUUCCCACACAGUCACUGGCUCAGCUGGAGAGGAAUAAGAUAUAUUUAGGAAUCCCGUCCUGCCCUGCACAAGUUGUCGGCUUGAAUUUUAGGAUACAAGCAAGGUUUGAAACCUGUGGAACAGAACCGCAGAAAAGAAACAACACGUCUGUGAUUGUCAGCAUCCUGUAUAUUGACUUUUCAGAUGGAAAUCAGGAGGACAUUCACCAAUAUGAAGUGCAGUGCGAACCCAAAAGGAAAGAGGCCUCUGUGAAUCUUAUCUCUGGCUCUGAUCCCUACAGACUGAACCAGUAUGCAGAGAACCUGGUGGAGUCCCAGCAGCAGGAUAUGGAGGCAGCCGAAGUCUACGAGAGCAAGGGCCAGGACACCAGUGACAUUGUCUUCAUCAGCAUCUGUAUUCUUGCUGGUGUUCUCAUGAUCAUUGCUAUUGUCGGGUUAGUCUUGCUAUAGGGAUGCAGCCUUUCGGACGCCUAUCCUCUUGGCACUCCUUCCAUGUCAGCUACUCAACGAGACUCACAUGAGAGGCAGCUUGUUCUGGAGCUGGAUUAAAAUGCUCACUUAUAGUGGCAACUCACCACAUCAGACUAGCCUUGUCCCCUGCCAGUUUAGAUCUGAACAGGACUCCUGAGCUUUUGCUCAAAAUCACACACUUAGAGUCUAUCUGCACCAGCACACCUUCUUAAUACUCAUUUCAUUUAAUGUAAAUUUGCCCCUCAUUUCCCUAGUAUUAAUCUUCGUUGGUGGCAAGGGGAAAUUAGAGGUAUAAAAGGAGAAUUCCUGGAUGCCAAGAUCGAAGUUUGGGGCAAGUAUUUUUUGGUGAGAGAACACCAGCAGAGAUUUAUAAUCACAAAACAUGCAGCAAAGUGUGUGUGGGGGGGAGGCUGUUAGAUAUUUAAAAUACACCCUUUUGAGUUCCAAAAUGGUCCUUUUCCCCUCAGCAUAGAAAAAGAUCACACGUUUGGUACAUUAAAAAUUGGUUUACUUACAAACACUUCAAUUGGUUUACUUACAAACAUGUCAGGUUCAUGUGCUUUUCCAUACAUCAUUCGGAAAACAUAGGCAGUAAAACUUAAUUACAGUGAUGAAAGUUCCUAAAUUAUUGGUACAGGAACACAAGAAUGGCUUGUUAGAGCCAUGCAGUCUGCGCUUGGAGCAACCAGCUCAGACCUCACAUGUUGAGCUUCUCAGGCAGGCUGGGAGAGAACAAUAGGUUUGAUUACCUUCCUCCCAAGGUGAGUAGGUGUGACCUAGCUAAGCCUGGCAUGACAGGUUACUCUGUGGUUUUAACACCUUCAUGCAUUAAUUUGACUUAAGCAUGUUGAUUAUAUGAGGCUGAGAAAUUUUCUAUGUAUGUUAGAAUAA